AGGGGAUGCCAAACGUGCAAAACUAUAGGUCUAGGGUUAAAGGAGGAUGUUCGAACGUUGCGUCUAUUGCCUAACUGUAACAGUAAAGUAUCCGCACAUCAUUCAUGCCUGAGUCCUCUCGCUGAUCGAUCCUGCCCGUAGAUGGGGAAUGUUCACAGAUGCAGUCGGAGUCGCAAUCACAAAUCAGCAUGAUAAUCCUUCUAGCCAAGCCCGCUACACGAUAAGUAUCACCGCCAGCGUUGCCAAGGAACAACUCCCCACGGACCAGAAAUAUGUUGAGAGCGUCCCAGAGGCAGAGGCGGCGCCCCUAGCUUUCGGUUCGAAUCCUUGGAACGACUCUCCAAGAUCACGGGCCGCAGCGUCCGUGUCGAGCGUAUCACGGGCACGACCUACCGGUUCCGUUACGAACCCGGGGGCCGCCGCCGUUUCGUCGCGAGGGUCGGGUUGCGGCUUUACGGCCAAAUCGAGAUCGGGAGGAUCCGUUACGGAAGAUGGCCGAGCGGCCACAUUCGGCAUCGGUCGAGACCGGACUAAUCGGGGAGCCGCGGCGUGCGUGACACUGGAUUUGAGAAUGGUGCAAACGACGCUCACCAGAACCCAGCCAAGCGGCACUUUCAUUUGUUCGCUUGCCGUAUAUGACCGAUGCCGCGUACGUAUACGCGAGUCGGAAUGAACUGGGUGUCACACUCGUCUCUCCCGAUAUCCAAAAAAACGACUGACGGCUCCGCCAGGGAUUCGGGUGUAUGGACUAGGACUGUGAGUUCGGUACCAUACGUUGUCUCUGCUGGUACUGUUACCAGGGUUUGCCCCACCAAAUUACUUGGUAGCCCCCGCCUCCACGCAUCGCUCCAUUCCGUCUGUCGGUGGCGAUAAAGCCGUGACAAGCCUUGCCCCAGUAGUACCAGCAACUACACGAUGAAAAGUACCGCUAUUGCAGUUGUCCUCGCCAUUUCCUGGUCGUUCAGUGCCGCGUUUACAGCUCCGCUACGGUCGAAUGUCGGGCGCACAACUGGCGUCCGAUCCGCUCCGACGCCGCCGAUCCCGAGCGUCCCGUUGACGCAACGCCGAGCGAUCGUCCAAGAUCUCGAUGUCGUUGCACUUGUCGCGGGGCAGGAGAAUUACGGUCUGGCCGUUGUCUGUGUCGGCGAAGCCCUCUGGUCCUUUCUGCAGGCACCGAGUCUCGAUCACGCCAAGGUCCUGGUCCCCGCCGCCGUCGCGGCCCUCGUGUUGGGACUCGUGUCCGGACCCAUGGUGACGAGUGGAGAUGCAGCUACCGUCGGGACAGGUCUCUGGAUCGCCACCGGGGUUAGUUUGGGAUUGGGAGCCUCCUACGUUGCCAGAAUGACGGCCAAGUAUUCACCAUCGCCCAAGGAAAUCGCCGCCUUUGGAUUGCUCGUCGCCGUCGCCGGUUUCUUUAGCUUCAGCCAGAAUCUGGUAGUGGACGGAUUUGUGGUCCUACCGUCGAUUCCUUUUCCCGAAUUGCCUUCGCUCAAGCUAGGACAGGGUGACUACAUCGAAUUCUACUGA